AGUUUGAACAACAACCACAACUGUCAACCAAGAUCGCAAUGUGUCAUCGCGAAAAUCAGACUAACGAGGACGAUCCAUGCAUGGCCAACCCGAGGCCGCAGCCUCCUGCAUCUUCAAGUGACUUCAAGUCUCUCCAAUCCAAGAGCGAGGCAACAGAGCUCCUUCAAAGACUCACGUCCAUCUUCCCGGAGUCGCAAGUUGUCGUUGAGACAAACAUUCUCGCUGUGUUGACCCCUUGCAACGUGCAGGACUCUCAGUUUCACUGGGCUCAUCCCGACGAGAUAUCAGUCGCACAUCACAAGACUCUGGUGCAUGAAGAGCACUUGACGAAAGUCUUGCAGGAGAAACAUGGAGGGUUGGAAGUGAGAGUAGAGAAGAGCGUUUUUCUUGAGAGAAACGUCUACGCACGCAAGAUCUUUCUUGUUUCCCCCGACGGAACAACCGUAGCCCAUGCCAUCCUCCUGGCGUUCCUCGAUCGGCUUCCUGCUGCUGUGGGUGAAGGGGUGCGGGAAGAGAAGGUGCCCUUCGGGAGGCUGCUGAUGCAGCACGUCUCUGAGCGUUGUGUCCACCUCAUGUCUUGCUGGCACGUGGAGCUGGGAAGGGACCUGGAACCCCACCUGUGCAGUCAGGCUCAUCGUCGCACAAGCGGUCGAGUCGUCACCAUCGAGUGUGCGGGGAAGGUGGCUGCUGAAGUGCUCGAGAUCUUACGUGUAGAAUGA